CGGGCCUUUCAAAUAUCGUCACAUUUGCGAGUAACGUUCCACGGUUCCAUAUCGCGACCGGCCGCGCACCUUUCGCCGCACGCCGACAACACUGGCUAAAAAAAACAUAUUUUAAAUUUCGAAUUUCGAACACCGAAUAUAAGCCCGCCUUCUUGUUUAAUUUUUUUUAUAUUUUCAAACGAAAGUUUUGACAGCGUUAUUUUUUGUUUGUAAAAGAAAUAUUGUGUUUGUGAAAAAUGGUUCGCAAAAUCGGUGGACUUUUGUGCUGUCUUUGCGUUUUCGGCAUUUCGCUGAGUGAUAGCGCUAUAUCAGCUGAUUCUGAGUCGCGAUGCCGCAACCCGCCUACGGCUCCUCAGAAGAUAGAACGAGUCAUAACUCUGUGUCAGGAUGAAAUCAAACUGUCCAUACUAAGAGAGGCUCUUGACGUGAUUAAAGAAGAACACACGAUGCCUGCACAGAGACGGCGCGACAAGCGAGAGGUGCCCUUCACACACGACGAGAAGAGAAUUGCUGGGUGCUUGCUGCAGUGUGUAUACAGAAAAGUGAAAGCCGUGGACGGCUACGGUUUCCCGACGCUGGAAGGGCUGGUGGGUCUGUACUCGGACGGCGUGAACGAGCGCGGCUACUUCAUGGCGGUGCUCGAGGCCUCGCGCGAGUGCCUCAUGAAGAACCACGAUAAAUUCUCCAGAUCUGUUCCUAUGGACAACGGACGCAACUGCGACGUUUCGUUCGACAUAUUCGAGUGCAUCUCUGACCGCAUCGGCGAGUACUGCGGCACUUCAGGACUCUAACCACCAUCCCUUUAUAAUAUUACAACAAUGCACCAAAACACUGCCUUUAUACAAAUAUUCUAAAAAACUCUCCAUGUAGAUGAUACUAUGAAAUUAAUCCCAGUACACUAUUUUUACAUCACUUUGCAAAAUGAAUUGUCAUUAUAUUUUUGAAGGUUUUUUUUUGAGUUUUUAGAAAUUUUACAUCUUUCAUAGGGUGACUGGUAAUUUGUGAUAACCUGAUUCUAAUCAUGACUACAGACAACUUUUCCUGAGAAACUUUUUUAUACCAACUGAUUGCGCGUCAGUAACGAGAUGGCCAGACUAACUUACCAGUCACCAAUAAAAAAAGAAUUCAAUAUACAUUUUGCUUAAAAUAACAAAAUUGGCUAAUACAUACUAUAUUUUUUUUUAUCUUAUACAUAAGUUACCAACACGAAACAAACCACUAGAGUUAAGUACAUGUACAUAGAUUGUAAUUAUACUAAAAUGUGAUGCUCAAUAAUUUUAGUUGUAAGGUAGCUCUAUAGUUUUCUAUUCCAUAAAAAAAAUACCCAGGAUUUUGAUAAAAAGAAAAUUAAAUAUAACUACUUUUACGGAUCCGAAACGUCGGGAUUAAAUAAUAUUAAUGUAAACGCGAUAAAAUCUGUAAAAGUAGUGUUAUUUAAAUGUCAAAUAUUCGCGUUAGUGUCAGAAAUCAAAUGAAAAUUACAUAAAAUAUUCUAAUGCGUUCUUCGAUUAAGAAAGCUUAGAUAUUAUUUAGCCCAACUGUGACCAAGAAAAUGAAAAGGACUAUUUAUAUUGUUAUAAUUGGAGACAGAUUAUUUGGAAGUAUUAAAGAUGUGGUCUGCUAUCCCUUUUUAUUGGGACCUCAACGUAAUCUCCAUUUUAACUAAAUCUGGACUUUCCCAUUUUAAAUUAUUACUUGGCAGAAACUUUAAAGGAAACAAAAAGUUCCAACAGAAGUUGGUAGUUUCAUAUAGAAAGGUCCUAUCUACUGCACAUGAUAACUCUUACUUCUUAAAUUAGCUGAACUUAACGAACUGAUAGAUUUAACAUAGCUUUAAGUUUAUGUAAU